AUGCCGCUCCUUUUCAGUGACCCAAUCUACGAGGGGCAGACAACAGUCCCAAGUAGAAUCCUUCGAAAUCUAACGGCUGUGAGCGGCGACAUUGCAUAUUCAGACCAUGUCACCGACAACCUGACCGUCCUUCUCUCCAAGUUCACAGAGACGCAGAACGGUAUAUUACAAGGUCUCCUUUACGUUCCUGACCUUGACCCUGAUGACCCCUGCUACGUCUCGGAGAGCGAUUAUGUCCCCGACUCCGUUGUCCGCCAAAGCAACCUUCCUUCCACCAACUUCAAUCUCAUCGCUCUCGCACCCUGGUACAGCGUCAACUGCACCCAGUCCUAUCUUGCAUCUGCACGCUACGACCCCCUGCGUGCCUUUCUCUUUUACCUACCCACCAAUGAUACGUCAAAACCGCCUGACGAGGACUCGGACGUCUGGGAUCUGCAAGACGAUGGAGAAUGGAGGCUCGAGAACCACUACCCAAUCUUUGCAGUCUCUGGCGCCCUUGGCCAGGAGAUGAUGUACCAACUAAGCCUUUACUCAGGCAAUCUCACGGAUAUUCCCUUUGGUGAAAAUAUUAGCGAGAUCUACAACCCUGACCCCGACGACUAUGUCCGCAUAUGGACCGAGCUCACCGUCAGCACACCGACCGGCCUGCCCAAUGUCUGGGUCUUCAUCCUGGCUGUCAUCGGCGUGCUGCUCGCCGUCAUCACCGUCAUCUCUCUCUUCAUGCACUUUUUGUGGCGGCGAAGACGUGCAUCGCUUCAACGGCGCGUGGUAGUGGGCGAGAUCAACCUCGAGGCGAUGGGCAUCAAGCGCCUGACGGUCCCACCGAGCCACAUACAGAAAUUCCCGCUCUUCACAUACAACUACGAUCCACCGCCACCGCAGAGCCCGCCUGUCUCGCCUACCACCGAAGCCGUAAGCACCGUUUCGCCACGGUCAUCCACACCCCCUUCUGCCUCCCUGGCAUCACGACGACUUUCCCGACGAUCCCAAAGUAGGCCACACCAGAGCCUCGACGCUGCUUUGGAUAGCGAGGCUAUCACUAGCUCCAACUCCACUUCGGACGCUCGAAGUCAGUCGGCGUCUGACUACAGCGCACCCGCCGUGCCGACGGCGACGGCCGUACCAGCGUCUCCGGUGGCUGAAACGAUUUCCGAAGCCCCAAUUGUUGGCGACUUGGAGUACCAGCCGAAGUGCCAGAUUUGCCUGGAGCCGCACCAGAAUCGCGUGACCAUUAUUCGCGAAUUGUCCUGUGGCCACAUCUUCCAUCCCGAGUGCAUCGACGAGUUUUUGGCCCAUGUCAGCUCGCUGUGCCCGCUGUGCAAGGCGAGCAUGCUGCCGCGCGGGUACAGCCCACGCAUCACCAAUGCCAUGGUACGCCGUGAGCGGGCCAUUCGUCGACUGCGCGAGCGGGUCGUCGUGGAUUAUGUGAACAGUCCUGGAGAUCGCAGCCGUAUCCACAGCUGGAGCUCGUCGAUCAUGAAACACCUGCACAUCACGACGGACCGGCUGUCGGUGUCGCCCAGUCUUGGCACGCUCACGGCCGACCGCGAGUCAGGCAUCGAGCUCAAGAACCAGUCGAUUCUGCGCACGCAUUCGAUCCAUCAGUUGCCGGCGAUGAAUACGUCGGAGGCUACACGGCGGCGGAUGGCACGAUUGGCUGGGAUCCAGUUGCGCGACCUGGAGCCCCAAAAGGACGAGACGUGUAAGCCUUGUGUGCACCGUUACCAGAGUAUGCAUAUCGUCAAUGACAGAUACUAA